AUGGAAAAUCUCUCUUCCCGAUGUCUUCAAAACAUCUCGUCGGAAGAAAUCCGAAAUUUCAUGGGUACGGUGUUUGGAAAUCCUUGGUCUGAAAGUAAUCCAGGUGGUAUCUUUCCUAUGGGUAUUGCAGAGAAUAGACUUAUGCAUGAUGAAAUUGCAAACUAUAUAAACUCGAAUUUCCGAGUGACCCCAAAAAUGCUCACAUAUGGAGAUGGACCAACCGGUUCCUGUGAAUUGCGUGCUGCUCUCGCCACAUUCUGGAACUCAAAUUUCUCACCAAAGGAAUCUGUAUCAAGGGAUCAUGUAACGGUCAUGGGAGGAGGUUCUUCUAUUCUUGAUGCAUUAAGUUAUUGUAUUGCCGAAGAAAAUGAGGGAAUUUUAAUUGCUCAACCUUUCUAUGUUGGGUUUGUUGGAGAUUUCGAAGAUCGUGCUAGAGUCAAGGUAGUACCCGUACCGAUCGGUGCACUCGAAGAUGUGACUACCAUGGCUGGAGUCAAGAAACAUGAAGAAGCACUUUUUUCCUCGAGAGAAAAAGGUGUCAAGAUUCGGGGACUCAUGCUCUGUAACCCUCACAAUCCUCUUGGAAGAUGUUAUGCCCCAGAAGUCUUGGAAGCAUAUCUUUCUCUCUGCUCAAAAUACAACAUUCACCUUAUAAUUGAUGAAGUAUAUGCGAUGGGUGUUUUUUCAAAUCAGGAUAUACCGAGUCCAAUGUCUUUUACCUCGAUACUUUCAUUAGAUAUUGGGAAGUUCUGUGAUCCGGCCUUGGUUUGCGUGGUCUAUGGCAUGAGCAAGGAUUUCUGCUCGAAUGGCCUACGUAUUGGAUGUAUCAUCUCACAACAUAAUCCCACCCUCCAUCGUACUCUAGGAGCAAUAUCAAAAUUCGCUUGGGCAUCUUCAUUACCUGAUCACGUAUGGACAUUAAUGUUGAAUGAUCAAAAGUUUGUAGAUUAUUAUUUCUCAACCCUUGCUCAAAGAAUGAGAAAUGCGUAUGAGCUCUGUACCAGGAGAUUGAAAGAAUUCGAUAUUUCCUAUAUUCCUGCAUCUUGCGGUCCUUUUCUUUGGAUAGAUCUCCGUUCAUAUCUUGCAUCCCCAACUAUUGAGGCCGAACGUAUACUCUCGUGGAAGAUGUUGAAAAAUGGGAUUUGGCUAGCUACAGGUGAAGCUUUUACAUCUGAAGAGCCGGGUUGGUAUCGUAUCACUUUUGCUAUGGACGAGAAAGAUUUGAGAUUUGGUAUGGAUAGAUUAUGGACAGUUUUAGGUAUGGUGGAAGAAGUUAAGACGCAACCUUAUUAG